AUGAAUUUAGCUGACAGGGAAGGAAAUGCUGGUCUUUUGAUUGAGAUCAAGGAAUCCGCAGAGAUUGAGGCGGCCGUUAAAGAUUUGCCAUGGGGAUUCAAUGAGCUCGUAGCACUGGUCGCUGUGAAUGAUUUGACAAGGUAAGGGCUUGGCUGCUGAGCUUUGCUAAACUUUGGUAAAGUUUUUUUAUAUUAUUCUUCUUUUAGAGAGUUGUUAUCAAAACUGGUAUCUUCUAAAAGUAUAUCUCGAAUUCUCUUGGUCCGAGAUCGUACUCGAGCCUUUGACGGAUUUUCUGAGGAUAGGAUCAGCCCAAAUAAGGAGUAUUGUAGGUUGUUUCAACCAGAUUUUGCUUUUCUGUCAUGUAUAAUAUCGGGAAAUGGCGAAAAUCUUUUUUCGAAUUGAUGUAAUUUGACUCUUACUGUUUCCAGCCAUGUAUGGAGAGGAAACCUUAAACUGGAAUGAGUUUGGUGCCUUAUCGGCCAGUGGAUUUCUCAAAACAAACGUCGAAAAGCCUCUGUGUCUAAUGGCCGCUUGGAACUCGAUCUUGUAG